CCAAUGAAAAAUGCUACUCGAGGUCACACAGAAAUCCCAUCUACCUGAUAAGAGGAUAGAAUAAGUGCCUCCGUCACUGCACUUUACUCAAACGCAUACGGCAAGCCUCUUCCGCCAUUGCAAGGAGAUAAUUCGAAACCAUUAUCCGUUCCCUUUAAAAAUUAAAUGAUGCGUUUAAAAAGUUUGUGCAGCUUGUACCAAUUUGGUGCACGCCAGUCAUUCCGAGGACUUGUGAAGCCUACAAAUAUGAAAAUUAAACUCCUACGUGAUAUCCAUAAAACAGGAUACAGAACAAGAGCAACGGCGGCAAUUAAUCCAAAUUUCCAACCAGUGUGUAUCACGAAGACAUUUCCUACAUCUCAUCAAUCACUGAAAAUUGGUUUCGAAGAUAAUCUUGCUUCAGAUUUCCAGUACAUAUGGUUGCGGGACAAUUGCCAGUGUGAAAAAUGUAUUCAUCCAGUAAGCAGACAGAAGAUGUUAGAUACAGUAAGUCUUAACAUCAAUAUUAAGCCUAAAUCCUAUCAUUUGACUGAAAACGGGAAGCUGAAGAUAGUUUGGCCAGAUGGUGACGGAGAACAUGUCAGUUUCUAUGAUCCUCAAUGGUUGCAUAAAUAUGGAAAGGGGUUCGAACUAGAUAGCUAUGAUUAUGUUCAUGAUAGUUUGCCCCCUAUGGUGACAUGGAAUGGAGAAACUAUAAAAAAAAUAAUGCCGGAAAUUAGCUACAAAGAAGUCAUGGAGACUGAACAAGGACUGAAAACAUGGCUGGAAAUGAUAUAUAAGUAUGGAUUAGCUAUUUUGAAAGACGUGCCAUGCGAAAAAGGAGAAGUUAUUAAAGUUAUCGAAAGAGUCGCAUACAUAAAAAAAACUAAGUGGGGCUCUUCAUUUGAUGUUCUUUGUGAGCCAGUGCAAAAUGAUCCCAACCAUUUGGCUUAUACUGGAAUGUACUUGGAACACCAUACGGACAUGAAUUAUUUGGAAAAAUCGCCUGGUCUUCAAGCACUUCACUGUUUAAAGGCUAAUCCUUCUAGUGAUAGUGACAGCAUCGGCGGCCAAUCAUUUUUCGUAGAUGGCUUUUAUAUUGCCAAAUGGCUGCGGAAAGAACAUCCUGCUUCUUUCCAUGUUCUUACUUCAACCUUAGUGGAAUUCAAAAUUUAUAGCCAUAAUAUGGAAUAUUGUAACAAUCAGUACGUUUUGUGUGUAAGCAAAACUGGAGAAAUGCAAGAAGUACAUUAUAACACCAGAACUAUGGCUCCAUUGAAAGGACCUGCGGACGCCGUGCAGCCAUUUUACGAAGCAUAUCAGUUAAUGGGACAGAAAAUGAGAGAAAAAGAGUCUGAAUUCGCUUUUAAUUUAAUACCAGGUGAUUUAGUGGCAUUUAAUAACCGCAGAGUUCUGCAUGGGCGUACGAGUUUUGAUCCAAGAAGAAUGUCUAGACAUUUAGAAGGAUGUUACGGCGAUAUCGACGAAAUCAUCACUCGUUACAGAUCAUUUUUAAAAUCUGAAAAACCUUAAGUAAUAUUUAUUGAAAGCUUCUAAGGAAUUUUAAUGAAUUUACGUGAUUUUCUUGCAUUGUAGAUGAGUUAUUCCUCUUUAUUCCGCAUUUUACAGUUGUAAAUAUUGUAAAAAUUGUACUACUCUAAUGUAUAUAUUAACAUAAAGCUUGCUCUCGUGAAUGAAAAUAAAAGAAGUCAAUUAUUGUUUAAUAUUUA